UGAAAUCUUCCCUUGAAUCAAUAUAAUUUCGAUUAUAGUAGCUAUGAUAAAAUAUGUUUUGUUCCUAUCGUGACAAUAUACUGACACUAUGAUUUCUAUGUCUUAUAUUCGAUUCUUCAAUCAACUGCAGCUUCCAUGGCGACCUCCCAAACAACGCCGCCGCUAGUUUAUAAAAGGGGAACGGCUCUUGGCCGCCUCUAUUACAGGCAAGUGGUGCGAUACGAGCAUGUUUGGCACCGGAGGCGGCAAGAAGCAGAGGCCCGCGGGCGGCACGGGCUACCUGGUGAGGCCUCGCUUGGGGGCCCUCAAAUCGGUCUAUUCCAGUAGGCCGUUUGCUGCCCAUUCGCCGGACAAAAGGAAGAAGAUCAGAAAAUCCAGCGCGCCGAAAAUGGAGUGGCGUCGUCACAAGCCAGACUCGGCAGACACCGCCCACAGAGAGGCCGUCGGUCGGCUGAGGAUCCUGCUGGCCGAGAGCUACGCUCCUCCGAAGAGACCCUUGCGGGAGCUAGACAGUGCAGGCGAGGAGACCGACAACCAAUCGCUAGUCAGCGCUGGUAGCAGGAACUCGAGGCUCAGCAGGAACUACUACCACAACUUGGUCACGCCGAGGAAGUACUACUACUAUCCGAAUUUGAGAAGCGGUUACGGGGGGUUGGGUACUGACACGGACAAAUCUUUGUUACACGAUGCACCAAAGGUUGAAAGUCCAGCUGCACCUCCGGAACUAAUGUCUUUCAUUGAAAGGCAAGACGAGUAUAUCGAAGAACUAGAGAAAGAGUCGAAAUUCUGUAAGGAAGAGCUGUCAACUCUGUUAAGCAAAGUUAAGGAAGUCAUCAAUGAAAACGAACAUUUACACGAUAAACAGAGAUCAAGGAUGAUCAAAUCGCUGUUCCAACACAUUGAAACUGAAACAGAAACAGAAACCGAAACAGAUAACAAAAAUAUAUUGAGAUCGCCCAAAAAAUCUAGAAACACUAGAAUCAUGGAAGGUCCUUCUAUAGUAUUCGAAUCCAGAAUUUCAGAACUUGAAGCUCAACUUACUCAGGCUAGGAUAGAUCUGAGGAAAGCCCAUGACGAAAAUGAAACUCUUAGGAAAAAAAUCAACGAUGGUACAAUCCUGGACACUGUUGGCUUUGAAUCUCACAAAAAGCAAUUGGAAAACUUGCAAAGAGAGAAGCAAACGUUACAGGACACUGUUAAUAAAUUGCAGAGUACUCUUACCAUACUGAAAGAUAAAGAAAAUGAGAGCAUGGAUAAAGUUAAGAGAAGCUUAGAUGUUGCAGAACAAACUCAAUACGAAAAAAAUGCAGCUGAAUCUGAAAUAAGGAGGUUGAAAGAUGAACUCGAUAGGCAACACAUGAAAUUGAGAGAAGCCAUAGCUGAUCAGGGACGCAGGAUAGCCGACGAGAGAUCAGCAGUUGAAAGACGGUAUACUCAGCAAAUAGAACAACUAUCUGCUGAGCUAGGUGCUCAGUGGGAAACCACAAAUAAAUUACAUCUUGAACUGGAUAUACAAAGACGAGAAAACGGAGAUCUGAGACGAGAAUCUGCUCAAAAACAAGCGCUGAUAGACGAACUGAAAAAGGACAUGCAAAAUAGAAUAAUCACCCUGCAGUCGGAUAUAGGUGUGAGUGGGGCUGAGAAGGGUGCUCUCGAACAACAAAUUGCUACGCUUCAAAUGGCGAAUGAAAGAAGCGAAAGGCAGUCGAAGCAAGAAAUCGUUCGACUACAAGCUGAAAUUCAGUCCUUGCGACAACGAUUGGAUCGUGCUGAUGCCGAUUUGAUUCACAGCAGGAGGGAAAAUAUCAGAUUGUCAGAGCAGGUGGCUUCACUUGAAAAAGAGAUUGCUCUGAAUACUGCCAUGGCGGAAGAAAGGACCAGGACACCUAGGGGUAAUGAAAUAGUGGCUUUACCUCCACCGGUACUGCAGAAAGAGGGCAGCGACAAAGAGAUGACUUCCAUGAUUCACGAUUUGGAGAACAAACACGCGGCCACGGUAGCCGAAUUAGAAGACAUGAUCCACUCCCAAAACCAACUCAUGGAUAAACUGUCCACUGAAUGUCACGCUCUUACCGAAAAAUUGGAAGACGCUAGUGUCAGACAUAAGGAGGAAAUACGGGAACUACAAGCUAACCUAGAAUUUCUAAGUAAUAGAUUCUCGCAGUCACAGUUAUUGUCAUCUAAUUUGAAAGAUGAAAGACAUACUCCAAAUGGCAAUCAAAGAAAUGCACCAACAAAACCAGCAGAUGCCAUUCCAAAACCUAUCAUAGAGUCUGAAUCACGAUCUAAAACUAGUCCAUCAGAAAGACAGAAAGAACCAGUAAAAACGGAACCGGUGACACAAGCGCAACCACCACCAACUCAGUCCGAAGAACCUGUAAUCUCCUCCAGGCAAUCAAGCCAGGAGCAACCUCAAGAAGAAGUCAUCAGUAGGAAUUCACAACCUGAACAAAAAUAUCAGAAUCUCGAUAGUAGUCACCAUGAACAACCACCUACAGACAACCAACCUCAGUUCGAGCAAACUGCAGAAGACCAAUAUCCCAACUAUAGUACUAACCAGCACUAUGAUCCUGACCAAUCUUAUGAUCCAAACCAACACUAUGAUCCUAACCAUCACUAUGAUCCUAACCAACAAUAUGACCCAAACCAACAGUAUGACGUAAAUCAGGGAUAUGACCCAAACCAGCAUUACGAUCCUAAUCAACAGUAUGAUCCUAAUGAUCAGUAUGAUCCCAAUGAGCACUAUGAUCCGAAUCAGCAAUACGAGGAGGACCCUAACCAGCAAUAUCAAGUUGAUGCAGGAAAUCUGGAGAGUCACCCUAAUGACUCAUAUCAAGACCAGGUUUCUUCUGAAGUCGUCAAAGAUGAUUCGGUGAAAGCUGUAGAUGAUAGUGUUCAAUGAAAUUAGUUAACUAAGUAAUUAAAUCAAAAUUUUAGGAGAAUUCUGUUAUUGAAAUUUCAAGUUUCAAGAAAAUUCUUAACGUGCAAUAAGGAGUCUAUCAAGAUUUUUAUAGGUGAAGAAUAUAUCAAUUAGAUAGUUAAUUUGCAUUUUCCAGUAGAUUCAAACAUGGGGUAUGUGCUUUUAUAAUAUAAAGUUAGAUCAGUAUCUAUGUCCAAUAAUCUCUUCCUAGUUUGCUUAUAAUAUUUUAUAUCUAUAUCGAUCUUUUCAAUCUAAGUAAUAAUUCAUUGUGUAGUGAUACAAAUUUCAAUUAAAGCAAUAU